ACCGCUGCCAGGCGUGCUGCCCGCGGCCCGGCACACGCCGCAGUCGAGCGAAGAUGGUGGGCCGGAACAGCGCCAUCGCCGCGGGCGUGUGCGGUGCCCUCUUCAUCGGGUACUGCAUCUACUUCGACCGCAAAAGGCGGAGUGACCCCAACUUCAAGAACAGGCUUCGAGAACGAAGAAAGAAACAGAAGCUUGCUAAGGAAAGAGCCGGGCUUUCCAAGUUACCUGACUUAAAAGAUGCCGAGGCUGUUCAGAAAUUCUUCCUUGAAGAGAUACAGCUUGGUGAGGAGUUACUAGCACAAGGUGACUACGAGAAAGGUGUGGACCACCUGACAAAUGCCAUUGCUGUGUGUGGACAGCCUCAGCAGUUGCUGCAAGUGUUACAGCAAACUCUUCCACCACCAGUGUUCCAGAUGCUUUUGACCAAGCUUCCAACCAUUAGUCAGAGAAUUGUAAGUGCUCAGAGCUUGGCUGAAGAUGAUGUGGAAUGAGCCAGAUACCAACGUGGUGAAAUCUCAGUAAAAUGAUUUAACAGUUAGCUUGGACACUGAUCAGCUCUGGGGGGAAUAAGGGCAAAUUGUGCUUGUCAUGAACUGUCCCACACUGACAUCUGCCAAAGUGAAUGUGAACUUUGGUAGAUCCAUUGUCUGUUCUAUUUAUUUUUCCAGUGAAAAGUAUUUUGAUAGAGCUUUUCAUUUUAUAAAUACACUGAGUUUACCAAAAUAUCAUGGAUUUCGUUUGUUCUUAAGACAUGUAAUUCAAAUGUAAAUACAGUAGAGUAUUUCUUAGGUAGAAACUCCUGGUGAUUUUAAAAGAUUGGGAAAGAAUAUGAGGAAUAGUUAAAUAAUGCACAUUUUAAAGACUAGAACAUUUUGUUGUAUGUUGUAAAAUUGGGUAGAAACUUGUGUUUGUGAAAACUGAGCAUUAAAACCUUACAGAGACCGUUUCUUGUUUACUUUUGAACAUAUAUGUUGUCUGUUAACAAUUCCAUUCCCUCCCUGUGUUUCCUUAAAAGCUUCUGUCUCCAUCAGUGGCUUCAUGUGGUCUGAGCACUUACUCCUAAUCUUUCACGCACCUCGAUGCAAACAGCACAGGGAUUAAACCUGUGUGCGCCCUGACCUGGAGGGUGAGCUUUGCCUGCUGUCUGCUCACUUGGCUAUAAUAUAGACAGACUAAGGGUCAGUCUGCCCAUCUCUGGGGUGUCCCAUCUCAGCAUUAGUUCAGUUGGUUCUGUUGAGUGUCUUCAGGUACAUCACCAGCUGAUAAUUUUUUUUUUCAGAAUAACCAAGCCUUGUACUAGUUUAUACUCUGAAUUUGCAUGUUUGCCUGACUUAGUAUUUCUCAAUUAAAACCUCUAAGUGAAGUAA